AUGAUCCAGCCUCGUACUGGCGAGCGCGUAAAGAAGAGCUUCACUCUACGUAGAUCCAACCACGGAGCCACCGAGUCGUCCGAGUUCCUGCUUGCGCCCGGCGAAUAUGACCCUGUGCGACAUCGAGAGCUGGGCCGCAUCGAGCGCUGGAAGGAGGAGGGCACCUAUAGACUCCGCCAAGCAUAUGCAUACUGGACAUCGCCCACUGGCAUAGGCAUUCUCAAGUGCACGCUCGCAUACAUACUCGGGUCCCUGGCUACUUUUGUGCCCGCGAUUGCCGGACUGCUCGGCAGGAACGAUGGAAAGCAUAUUGUCGCGACUAUCACUGUCUACUUCCACCCUGCGCGCUCGGCCGGGAGCAUGCUUGAAGCUGUUUUGGUUGCGUUCGCUGCCUUUUCAUAUGCAACCUUUAUCUCGUUCUCUAGCAUGGCUGUAUCAGUGUAUUUCGGAAAUCAUCACCAACUGGUCAUUGGGCAUAUCAUAGUGCUCAUAGUAUUCGUUGGAGGCGGUCUGGGUCUUGUAGGCUGGACGAAACAGAAACUCGGAAAUCCCCUCGUCAACGUGGGCUGUUCUCUGACAUCGCUUGCUCUGAUCACGAUCCUCACAAAGGAAGGCGCUGUGCAAGCUGCUGUAUUCUCCUACGUCAAGGUUUGGCAGGUUUUGAAGAUGAUAAUCAUGGGAUGUUCGGCUUCAGCUGCUGUGUCUCUUCUCGUACGGCCGAUCUCAGCGCGUAAUGAGUUUCGCAAUACUGCCAUCAAGACUACUGAUGCCAUGGCCGAGAUACUCAACAGCAUCACGCGAAGCUUUUUGUCCGGUACCGAACAGGACCUCAAGAGCGAAUCUUUCGUCAAAGCUACCAACCAGAUCAACACGACCUUCAAGACCCUGGUCAAGAAUCUAGGAGAGGCCAAGUUUGAGCACUAUGCUCUUGGCACUGAGCAGGAAUUCAAGAUCAACGCUCGCUUGGUAAAAUGUCUCGAGAAAUUGAUGCAGAAUAUCGGUGGCUUGCGAAGUGCUGCUGAAACACAGUUCUCACUCCUCGCGCAGACAGACACACACGGAACGGAAUCAGCUAUCUUCGGAAAUGGAACGGUGACUUCCUCGGUCUUCUCAGAGCACGCCCUUUCGACGAGUCCACCGCAAUUGGGAUCCCCUGGUAUGGAGCAUGCAGAGCGGCGCAGUAGUAUAUUGGCCUCGAUCGAUGAGGUAGGCGAGAGCUCUGCAGAGCCAUCAGCAGCUGCUUCCGCAGAAGCCUCCGACGACGAGUCUAUGCAAAAGAGUCGGAGCUCGACAAAGAUCCCAACAUCAAUCCAGAACAAUCUUACGCCUGCUGAUAUGUUCUCAAUCUUCAUUGCACACCUCGGGCCGCCGAUGAAGUCGCUUGCGUACACGCUUCGCGAAGUACUAUCGGAACUGCCGUUUGGACCUGGCCCUGAGUACGACAUGGCAAUCAACGAGCAUUUCCGUCACAGCCUGGUGGAUGCAAAAGCUUUGUUCACCAACGCCCGCCGGGAAGCACUUUCGAUGGUCUACAAGAACAAAGUCCCUGCGAAAAUUAGCUCCGCAGCUAUCGCAGCCGAUUAUGAGGAGGUUGCGGCGAGUUGCGGCUACUUCAGUUCCUCCCUCGAAGAUUUUGCAGAAGACAUGGUUGCCUUCCUGGACAUACUUGAGGAGCUGAAGACGAACGUCAAUCGCUAUCCCCGGCGCAGGACUUGGCAAUGGCUAAAGUUUUGGCAAAAGGGACGUAGCCGUUCGUACUUGGGUGAUGACGAUGAAGCGGAGGGUCUCAUCGAUGAAGACAACAACCAGACACCUGGAGGAACACACGAGAUCCAUAACCCCAUAUAUCGCCGAGACACACGCGGUGAUCCCUACAAGCCGCUCAACCAGCAGCCACUAUCAUACAGAAUAUGGGUGGCAUUAUCCAUAUUCAGAAGAGACGAUCUGAAAUAUGCAGUCAAAGUAGGAAUCGGAGCGAUCUUGUACGGCAUGUGGUCGUUCAUUGAGCCAACUCGCAAAUUCUAUGGUCUGUGGCGAGGAGAGUGGGGUCUGUUGUCUUACAUGCUUGUGUGCUCCAUGACUAUCGGAGCUUCCAACACGACCGGAUUCCAGCGUUUCGCUGGUACUUGUCUAGGAGCCGUCUUCGCCAUUGCAGCGUGGAUCGCCGCAGACGAGCACGCCUUCGUUCUGGGCUUCUUCGGGUGGCUGGUUUCGUUGCUGUGUUUUUACAUCAUCGUUGGCAAGGGCAAAGGACCUAUGGGCCGCUUCAUUCUGCUCACAUACAACCUCUCUGCUCUUUACGCUUACUCACUCUCUGUUAAGGACGACGAUGACGACGAUGACGAGGGCGGCAUAUCACCGGAGAUAUGGGAGAUUGUGCUUCAUCGUGUAGUCGCAGUCAUGGCUGGAUGCCUUUGGGGUAUCGUUGUCACGAGGGUCAUCUGGCCGAUAUCUGCGCGACGGAAGGUCAAGAAGGGCACCUCGUUGCUGUGGCUCAAGAUGGGUCUCAUCUGGAAGCGCGGACCCCUCAAGACAAUAUUGGAAGCCAAUCUGACCAACCAACGCCAUCCUGGAUCGUUCAUGACGGUGAAGGAAGAGCUUGAACUUCGCAGAUUCCUGAACCACCUCGAGACACUGCGUGCCUCCGCGUCGUCAGAAUUUGAGCUGCGCGGGCCGUUCCCUGACAAGAGCUUCAAGAUCAUACUGGGUGCAACGAGUCGCAUUCUGGACAGCUUCCACGCCUUGAAUGUGAUUAUCAUGAGAGAGUUCGAGGCGUCUGAGGGCGAGAAGGAGGUACUGAAGUAUACCAUGAAGGAGUGGAAGGAACUGAGCUGGCGAAUCAGCCAUCUGUUCUCUGUAAUGGCAUCGUCCAUGAAGCUAGCCUACCCACUCAAUGACGUACUGCCCAACAUCGAGCAUACGCGGGAUCGCUUGCUUGCUAAGGUCUUCGAGUUCAGACAGUCUGGACUGGGGAAGGUGAUCGCGAGAGACGAAGAUUAUGAGCUACUGUACGCUUAUGCUCUCGUGACGAAGCAAUUGGCUGACGAUCUGAACGUUAUCGGUCAAGAGAUUGAGAAGCUGUAUGGUGUACUGAGCGAGGAGGAUUUGAAGCUGCAAUAAUAGGCCACGAAAGUGUUAUAUAAUUGGAAUCUCAUCGCAUCAUCGA